CAAGUUUGUCCCGAGCUGGACUCCGUAGCUGAGGGGUGGGGAAUGAGAGGAGCACAGCAAUAGAGGCGGACCAUUUGGGUGGACAAAACUUACAUUCCUCCUUGUGCGAAACAGGCUAUAGAUCUAGAAGUCUCUUCCAAGCCACAUUCUGCAGAAAGAGUUACAUAGGAACAACGGGAAAGAGUGGCAGGAGACCUGUCAGGGAAUUGGUUUGUCUUACCUUCCUUGCCUACAAAGAAUAAUUUCAAAUCUUUCGAAGACUGUGUGGCACUAGCCAUGCGGAAAGGGAACUUAACAGCAUGCUGCGACCCCACUAACCAACAGAUGGACAUGUCAAAGAGGCCGAGCAGCGAUGGCAGCUCAGUAAACACAGGCCCCAAAGGGGUGAUCAAUGACUGGAGGAGAUUCAAGCAGCUGGAGACAGAGCAGCGGGAGGAACAGUGCCGGGAGAUGAAGCGCCUCAUCCAGAAGCUCUCGAUGACAUGCAGGUCCCACCUGGACGAUGAGGAGGACAAGCGGAAGCAGCAGGAGCUCCAGAAAAAGCUGGAUGGCAAGCUAACCCUGCAGGAGUACAGCGCGCUGCGCGAGGGCCCAGAUGAUGAGGAGUUCCUGCAGCAGUACCGCAAGCGGCGCAUGGAGGAGAUGCGGCUGCAGCUGCGCGGCGGGCAGCACUUCCAGCAGGUUGUCGAGAUCGACAGUGGGGAGGCCUUUCUGGUCACCAUUGACAAAGCGCCCAAGAAUUCCCUGGUGAUGGUCCACGUCUAUGAGGAUGAUGUCCCAGGGGCUGGCUCCCUCCACGGAUGCAUGGUCUGCCUGGCCACUGAGUACCCCGUGGUCAAGUUCUGCCGGGUGCGGAGCUCCCUGAUCGGCGCCAGCUCCCGCUUCACCACCAGCGCCCUGCCGGCACUCCUGGUCUACAAGGGUGGGGAACUGGUGGGCAACUUUGUCCGUGUCACUGACCAACUGGGUGAGGACUUCUUUGCCGGGGACCUGGAGGGCUUCCUGCAGGAGUGCGGCCUGCUCCCUGAGAAGGACCUGGUGCUCCUCACCUCUGUCCUCGAUGCCUCCUCCUCCUCCUGCCUCAGCGAGGACAGUGACCUGGAGAUCAACUGAGGGCACCCUAGGGGGAGCAGAGAGGCACCUGUGAAGGGGCGAGUAGAAAAGCCCACCCUUCACCUAUGGAAGCCCAGAAGGACCAGAAAAAGUUAUAUAUGGAGAAUAAAUGGUUGAGAUAUUCGGAUUUAUUGUUGGAAGAUAAUGAAGGAUUUAAAUUAAGACCAUUUGAGCAAAUUAAAGAUAAAUUGGAUUGGCUACAUUAUUACCAGAUCAAUGAACUGUUUAAGCUUGAUAAGAAAAAUGGUUUUGCAUCGGGAAAAACCAAAUUG